AUGGACACUGUAGGAAUACACGAUUCCAUAAAAUUUGAAGGGGUUCAUGAACAAACUCAACUGGAGACUCCAUUAAAAUCUACGAAAGAUGUAGAGCAAAUUUCAGUAGUCCUAGAAAAAGAAACCCAUUCAAAAGAUCUUAUGGAAAAUUAUGGAGAGCCACUCAAUGAUCAGGUCUCUACUACUACAGAAUUACUAUCCCGAGAAUCAGCUAACAAGUCAAAAUCUGCUGGAAUGAAUGGCAAAAAAACAAACGGAAAUCCAAAUUCGACAAUAGACCUUCCUGCAAAUGAGACUAAUGAAGGAGAAACAUACUUCUCUGAAAAAUCUAUUGCCACUACGGAAGUUUCAACCACAAAAAGUACCCCUUAUAUCCUUGAAGCCGAAAUUGAUGAGGGGGAGAAUAGCGAAACUCUGAGUGGAAGGGUUCACCUUGACGAUUUUAGUGUUGAUAAUCUCAGUUCUGAAAGUAAUGGCCAUGAUGACUCAGGUAUAGAUGAAUACCCUAACGGCCAACUCUCAAAUGAGGGUUUUAUUGUGCUGGAAUCUUCGUCAGGAUAUAAUGCUACCGAUCUUACCAGUACAGAGACAUCUCGCACCACUUCUGCCGAAGUAGAGCUUACACCAGGAUGUACAGAUUCAAAUAUUUACAGUGCGAAGAGCGAUUACAGUAGUGAAGAAAUGACAUCAAACAAUUCUGCUACCGAACCAAAAGAAAUUCAAGACCAUGAAACUUUGAAGGAAGAAGCUGUCGCUGACACUGUAACUGAAAAGCCAUUAGAAGACGAAUCUUCGAAGGAUAAUAAUAUUAUUGAAGAUGAAACAAGAGAACCCCAAGAAUGCGAAACUUCCAAGGAGUGUAUAGGUGACAAUACCGCACAAAAAGAGCAUCAAGAAGAUGACGAUAUGAAGGAGGAAUUAAUCGCUUCAAAAGAACCAGAAGAACUUGAAGUACUCGAGCCUACAAAAGAGGAUACUGAUUCUGAUACAUCAACUGAAUUGACUCAAGAAACCGAAAGCUCAGAGAAAAAUGACAGUGUUGUUGUGCCAGAAAAUCCUGUACAAGAUGGAACUAUUAAGGAGGCUACUACCAUCGAUGCUGCAGAUGAAAAAACACCGAAAUUUGAGAACAUCAAGGAGGAAAGUUUUGCUGAUAUUGAGCCUGAAAAAUGCCCAGAGAAUAAAACUAUCAAACAAGAUGCUAUCACUGAAAAAACCUACAAAGAACUUGCCGAAGAUGAAACCAGUAAGGACGAUGCUAUUACUGAUACUACAUCUGAAAAACCUGAGGUGGUUCGAACUGAAAAACGAAACGAAACUACAAAGGAUGAUGCAGAUGCUGGAAAAGCUCUUAAGGAACCCAAAGAGGACGUAGUUCCAAGGAAUGAAUUUGUCAAGGACGCCAUUCCAGAAGAAGUUCCAGAAGAUAAAGAUCCGAAAGGCAAUGUUGAUAAUGAUGCCGCAUAUGAAAAACCUCUAGAAAGUAAAAUAUCAGAGAGGAAUAUCGCUAUUAAUGCUGCAACCGAGAAACUAGCAGAAGACGAAUCAUCUAAGGAUGAUGAAGCCGCUGGAAAAGAACCAGAGGAAUCUUUAGAACCUGUAGAGGCUGAAACUCCAAAGGAUGAUUCCGAUCUUCAAAAAUUACACCAAGAAACUACAGAAAAUAGAACCACAAAGGAUGAUGCUGUUACUGAUACUGCACUCGAAAAUCCCCAGGAAAACGCAACUUCGGAGAGAGAAGUCGUUAACGAUGCUGUACAUGAGGAACCUGAAGUAGUUGAAACUGCGAAAGAUGAUGCUGCUACUGCCACUGCACCCGAGGAACCUGAAGUGGUAGAAGCUGCGAAAGAUGAUGCUGUUACUAAUACUGAACCUGAGGAACCUGAAGUAGUUGAAACUGCGAAAGAUGAUGCUGCUACUGCCACUGCACCCGAGGAACCUGAAGUGGUAGAAGCUGCGAAAGAUGAUGCUGUUACUGAUGCUGCACCUGAGGAACCUGUAGAACCUGAAGUAGUUGAAACCACAAAGGAUGAUGCUGUUACUGCCACUGCACCCGAAGAACCUGAAGUGGUAGAAACUGCGAAAGAUGAUGCUGUUACUAAUACUGCACCUGAGGAACCUGAAGUAGCCGAGGAACCUGAAGUGGUAGAAGCUGCGAAAGAUGAUGCUGUUACUGAUACUGCACCUGAGGAACCUGAAGUAGUUGAAACUGCGAAAGAUGAUGCUGCUACUGCCACUGCACCCGAGGAACCUGAAGUGGUAGAAGCUGCGAAAGAUGAUGCUGUUACUAAUACUGCACCUGAGGAACCUGUAGUGGAAGAAACUACGAAAGAUGAUGCUGUUACUGAUGCUACACCUGAGGAACCUGAAGUAGUUGAAACCACAAAGGAUGAUGCUGUUACUGCCACUGCACCCGAAGAACCUGAAGUGGUAGAAACUGCGAAAGAUGAUGCUGUUACUAAUACUGCACCUGAGGAACCUGAAGUAGCCGAGGAACCUGAAGUGGUAGAAGCUGCGAAAGAUGAUGCUGUUACUGAUACUGCACCUGAGGAACCUGUAGUGGAAGAAACUACGAAAGAUGAUGCUGUUACUGAUGCUGCACCUGAGGAACCUGUAGCACCCGAGGAACCUGAAGUAGUUGAAACUAUAAAGGAUGAUGUAGAUGUUGAAAAAGUAUCCCAAGAACCUACAGAAAAUGAAACCACAAAGGAUGAUGCUGUUACUGAUGCUACACCUGAGGAACCUGAAGUAGCUGAGGAACCUGUAGUGGAAGAAACUACGAAAGAUGAUGCUGUUACUGAUGCUGCACCUGAGGAACCUGAAGAAGUUGAAACCACAAAGGAUGAUGCUGUUACUGCCACUGCACCCGAAGAACCUGAAGAACCUGAAGUAGUUGAAACUGCGAAAGAUGAUGCUGCUACUGCCACUGCACCUGAGGAACCUGUAGUGGAAGAAACUACGAAAGAUGAUGCUGUUACUGAUGCUACACCUGAGGAACCUGAAGAAGUUGAAACUACAAAGGAUGAUGUAGAUGUUGAAAAAGUAUCCGAAGAACCUACAGAAAAUGAAACAACAAAGGAUGAUGUAGAUGUUGAAAAAGUAUCCGAAGAACCUACAGAAACCGAGGAACCUGAAGAAGUUGAAACCACAAAGGAUGAUGCUGUUACUGAUGCUGCACCCGAAGAACCUAAAGAAGAUGUAGUUUUGAAGAAUGACUCCAUUGAGAAUGCCACAUCAGAAGAAAUCGCAGAAAAUAGAGAUACAAAGGAGAAUGCUGAUAAUGAUACCGCAUAUGAAAAACCUCAAGAAACUGAAAUAUUUGAGAAAGAUAUCGCCAUAGAUGCUGCAACCGAGAAACAAGCAGAAGACGAAUCACCCAUGGAUAAUGCAGAUGCAGAAAAAGAAAACGAAGAACUUGCUGAAGAUAGAGAUUUGAAGGAGAAUAAUGACACUUGCGACGGGGAAUCAGUACCUGAGGAACCUUCAGAAGGUGAAACUACGGAGGACGAUGUCGUUACCGAUGUUGCACCCGAAGAAACCGGAGAGGUUGAAACUGUGAAGGACGAUGUCGUUACCGAUGUGGCACCCGAAGAAACCGGAGAGGUUGAAACCGUGAAGGACGAUGUCGUUACCGAUGUGGCACCCGAAGAAACCGGAGAGGUUGAAACUGUGAAGGACGAUGUCGUUACCGAUGUUGCACCCGAAGAAGCUGGAGAGGUUGAAACUGUGAAGGACGAUGUCGUUACCGAUGUGGCACCCGAAGAAACCGGAGAGGUUGAAACUGUGAAGGACGAUGUCGUUACCGAUGUGGCACCCGAAGAAACCGGAGAGGUUGAAACCGUGAAGGACGAUGUCGUUACCGAUGUGGCACCCGAAGAAACCGGAGAGGUUGAAACUGUGAAGGACGAUGUCGUUACCGAUGUUGCACCCGAAGAAACCGGAGAGGUUGAAACUGUGAAGGACGAUGUCGUUACCGAUGUGGCACCCGAAGAAACCGGAGAGGUUGAAACUGUGAAGGACGAUGUCGUUACCGAUGUGGCACCCGAAGAAGCUGGAGAGGUUGAAACUGUGAAGGACGAUGUCGUUACCGAUGUGGCACCCGAAGAAACCGGAGAGGUUGAAACUGUGAAGGACGAUGUCGUUACCGAUGUGGCACCCGAAGAAGCUGGAGAGGUUGAAACUGUGAAGGACGAUGUCGUUACCGAUGUUGCACCCGAAGAAACCGGAGAGGUUGAAACUGUGAAGGACGAUGUCGUUACCGAUGUGGCACCCGAAGAAACCGGAGAGGUUGAAACCGUGAAGGACGAUGUCGUUACCGAUGUGGCACCCGAAGAAACCGGAGAGGUUGAAACUGUGAAGGACGAUGUCGUUACCGAAAUGAACCUCGAAGACAUUGUAGAAGACAAGAAUGUAGCAGAGGAAAAUGUUGCUGAAGCCGCCAGCGAUCAGCCUACAGAGGGCGAAGCCAUCAAGGAGAAUAUUGAAGUGGUGGAAGAUAAUCAGGUUGAAGGUCACGUGGAUGGGAUGGAUGAAAUGGCACCAAAAGAUGCAAUUGCGUUUGUUGAACAGAUAGAAAAGAACCUCCUUGAAAGGGAUGGUGGAUCUAUGGAGGCUGGAGCAAUCGAUGUCGAGCAGUAUUUAUUACCAGAAUCAUCAUCUGAGGAAUAUUUGACUAAGAUUCCUUCGUCAGAAGAUACUGAAAACGUUAAAUUGUUUGGGAACGAAAUACCUGGAGAAGAAACUUCCAUUAAUCAAUCCAUCAAUCAUGAACAAGUUGUUAAUGGCAAUACGCCCAGAGGACUUUCCUCAGGAGAAUCAGCUAAUUUUAGAGAUGCUCUUUAUUACAAACCUGCGAUGAAUGUUCAGCAAGGUUUCGGUAUUCCGAUUAAAUAUCGUUUCCCAACUGCUGAAAUUCCCUAUGUUAUGAAGCCUCAAGAACAGAGCAACCUACAAGCUGAUGAUCCAAGUAACGACAAUGAAGUAAAAAUAGAGAGAAAUUUUGCAUCGCAAGUACCAGACGAUAGCCCAGAGAUUGUAAAGAAUGAUAAUAAAGUUCCAAUGAAUGAAAAUGGAGGUCAUCGCUCGACUAAAAACUCUCGAUCUAGUCGUCAUGAUUCUAUAACUAGUUCAAAACAAACAAUGCGUGAGGAAGAUCCUUCGACUUUACCCUCUUCCCCAAGAAAUAGGAAUUUAGUUCAAAGUGAUAACGAGACGAAUAGAGCUUCACAAACGAGAAAUAAUCGAAUUCAACGAACAAUUGAGGAGCAGGCAGCACACGAAAGGCGGAAAGCUGCUCGACGCGCUGCGAGGGCCGAAGACUUUCAAGCGAGCUCACUGCCAAAGUCUAGGAAUCACGCUAGAAGUACCGAUCUAGGAGUUGAUGAGAAAUUUACGUCACAUGAAACUGCUGCAUUGAAGGCUUCCCGCUCUUUACGACAUAGAGAUGAGUCAGCCAAGAAACCAAAGCUUUUAGGUCUUAAUGGUGAAUCGAUAGUAAAGAUUCCUUUUGUAGCUGACGAAAAACCCCAUAUUAAAGAAAAAACUAUCAUGCUUCCAUCAGCCAAGAUUACGUCUACCUUAGAUAGAUCAAAACAUUUAAUUGAUGGCGAACGUGAACAACUUUUAUUUUCGGAUAGGAGCGCUAGAGCCAAGGAACAUUCCAUUUCGCAAAACUUUAUCGAAAAAGAUAUGGAUAAACUUUCCAAGAACUACAUGUUCAGCAGGAAUAAGGAAGCACCUACACACCAUUCUCCCACUAAAGAUAAAGAUAAGUCUUCCUCGCAUCGCCCCAACGAAAAGGACAAAGAUAGAGUAUCACAUCGUCCGCUUGGAAAAGAUAAGGAGGAAACUUUGCAUCACAAUCUCGAGAGAAACAAGGACAAGUCUUCCUCGCAUCGGUCACAUGGAAAAGAUAAAGAUAGAACUUCCUCGCAUCGCUCCAAAGAAAAAGACAAAGAUAGAGUAUCGCAUCGUCCACACGGAAAGGAUAAGGAGGAAUCUCUGCAUCACUCUCAUAGAAAUGAUCCGGAAAGAUCUUUACAUCGUUCUCUUGAAAAGGAUAAAGAUAAGUCUUCCUCGCAUCGCUCAAACGAAAAGGACAAAGACAGAGUAUCACAUCGUCCACUUGAAAAGGAUAAAGAGGAAUCUUCGCAUCACACUCUCGAGAGAAACAAGGACAGGUCUUCCUCACACCGCUCACAUGGAAAGGACAAAGAAAGAACUUCUCAUCAUCUGCAUGGAAAAAAUAAAGAGGAUUCGCAUCACGCCCUCGAAAAAGAUAAGGAUAGAUCUUCUUCUCAUCGCUCACAUGGAAAGGACAAAGAGGAAUCUUCACAUCAUACUCCCGAAAAAAAUAAAGAUAAAUCUUCCUCACAUCGUUCUCAUACAAAAGAUAAAGAUAGAUCUUCUUCUCAUCGCUCACAUGGAAAGGACAAAGAGGAAUCUUCGCAUCACACUCUCGAAAAAGAUAAAGAAAUAUCUACUUCAAUUCGCUCGAGCGAAAAAGAGAAGGAUAAAUCCUUGAAUAGUACUCGGGAAAAGGAUAAUGAUGUAACUUCUUUUGAUCGUUCAAACGAAAAAGAAAGAGAUAGAACUUCUCAUCGAUCACAUGGAAAAGAUAAGGAAAGAUCUCACUCAUAUCGCUCGCAUGGCAGGGACAAGGAUAAAUCUUCCGAAAAUCGCUCAGAUGGAAAAGAUAAGGAAAUACCUUCUCUACGCUCUACAGGAAAAGACGAUGUGAAAACUUUGAAAAAUUCUAUUGAAAAAGAUAAAGAGAGAUUUUCCUCUCAUCGUUCAUCUACAAAAGACAGAGAAAAACAAAGAUUGCACCGCUCACAGACAAGGCACAACGAAAAAUCGAAAAACCGACAUCGUAGUAGAGAAAAGGAAACAAAAGAGUCCUUCAGGCUGGAGGAAGAGAAAGAGGCCCAGAGAGCUCGAAGAGAUACAGAAACUAAAAUGGCCGCUGCUAGAGAGGCAGUUGCGGCAGAAUCCAGACGUCGACGUGAGAAAGAGUCAGAAGAUAGGAGAAUUAGGCGCGAAGAACGACGAAAGAGAUUAGAUGAAGAUGAAGAAGAAAUAAAAGUAAAGCAUUUAAAGACAAGACGAUCGAUAACCGAUGAUAAGACAUCUGAUACUCAAUAUCUGAAGACACGAGAGAGUGAUAAACCUCACCGCCAGAGAUCAAAGAAGGAAAAGUUGCCUGAAAAAUCAAAGGGUCCACUAAGCAGUCUCUGGUCAUCGGCCAAAAAAGUAUUUGGUUGA